GUUCUUUCCCCUACACUUAUUUAUACUCUUUGCGUAUUCUGACCUCUGACAACACUGGACAUAAUGUCAUGAAAACGUCAAAAUUAUGUCAAACAAUGUCAAACGUCAUUGAAACUGAAAUGGUAAUCGUUCGUACAGUGUAAUUAGUGAAAUUAUUUUGAAUUACUUUAUUUCAUUUGCUAGUAUAUAUUAAAAAAAAAUAGUAGAUAGUAAAUUAAUUGGUGCUCAGUGACCUCCAGAUCUUUAUUAUGAAAUAAAUUGAUUAUUGUUACCAUUACUAUUAGCAAACCAGCCGUGGCUUGUGACGAGAAGACAGAUUAUUAUUUAUUUCUUAAUUUUAUAAAUAAAUAAAAAAAUGUUUACGAUACAUCAAAUAAAGUAUAAGGAAUUCCUUUCGUCUUGAAUCCUCUAUGUCAAGAGACGGCAUCGCGAGCGCUAUGAGCGGUAGCAGGUGACGGCGCGGCGGCGCGGGGACGGGCGCGAUGGCGCCCUCGGGCCGGUGACGGUAGCAGCCAUGGCGGAGGCGGAGGGCGCGGGGCAGCCGGAUGCGGUGCUGCUGGCGCCCCUGUCCGAGGACACGUUCCUGCACAACCUGCACGUGCGCUACAAACGAGACAUAAUAUACACGUACGUGGGCAACGCGCUGGUGUCUGUGAACCCGUGCCGCGCGCUGCCGCUGUACUCGGCGGAGCUGGUGCGCGCGUACCUGGCGCGCCCGCCCUACCAGUUGCCGCCGCACCUGUACGCGAUCACGGCCACGGCGUACCGCUGGGUGCGCGACAGGAACGAGAGCCAAUGUAUAGUGAUCACGGGCGAGAGCGGCGCGGGCAAGACGGAGGCGGCGCGGGUAUGUCUGCAGUGCGCCGUGCUGGCCGGCGCGCCCUGCGCCCCCGCGGCGCGCGCCCCCGCCGCGCGCGCCCCCGCGCCCGCGCUGGCCGCGGCCGGCACGCUGCUGGAGGCGUUCGGCAACGCGGCCACGGCGCGGAACCACAACGCCAGUCGCUUCGGCAAGCUGUUGGAGAUCGAGUUUGACUUCAAAGGCGAGCCGGUGGGCGGACACAUCACGCACUCGGGCGUGAGCGUGUGUGUGUCCCCAGAGCGGCUGCGGCUGCAGCGCGCGUGGGAGCACUACCGCGUGCUGCGCGGCGCGCCGGCGGAGGCCGCGCCCGCGUCCCCGCGCCGCGCCGCGCCGUCGACCGCGCCGCCGGCCGCGCCCCCGGCCGUCGACCAGGACCGCGACCACUUCGCCUUCACCAUGCCGGCCGAGGCGGGCAAGCGCUGUUCGCUCGGCAUACUGGACGUGUACGGGUUCGAGUCCCUGGCGCGCAACGGGCUGGAGCGCCUGCUCAUCAACUACGCGGCCGAGCGCGUGCAGGCGGCCGUGACGGGCGCCACGCUGCGGCGCGAGCAGGACGAGUACGCGCGCGAGGGCCUGGCCUGGCGCCCGCUGGCCUACGCCGACCACGAGGCCGCCGCCGCGCUGCUGGACGCGGGGCCCGACAGCGUGCUGGGCGCGCUGCGCGACUGCUCGGCGCGCGGCGCCAGCGACGCCGCCUUCCUGCAGCGCCUGCAGCGCCGCCGCCAUCCGCGCCUGCUCGUGCUGCCGCCCGACCGCUUCCAUCGCUCUCGGUUGCAGUAUUAUGGAUAUGGCACUGCUGCGGCGCAGCGGCUGGUGCGAGUCCAUGUGCGCGCGCGCUCUGCUGGCGCGCUACGGGCUGCUGGCGGGCGCGCGCGCCGGCCCGCGGCCGGCGCCGCCUCGCCCCGCGCCUCGCCCGGCCCGCGCGCCGACGACCCCGUGCGGGCGGCGCGCGCCCUGCUGCGCUCGCUGCCCAUCCCCAGCGCGGAGUUCGCGUACGGCCGCUCGCGCGUGUUCAUCCGCAGCCCGCGCACCGUCUGGGAGCUGGAGGCGCUGCGGGCCGCGCGCGUCGCCGCGCUCGUCGUCCGCGCCCAGCGCGCCUGGCGCCGCCACCGCGAGCGCCGCCGCGCCCGCGCCGCCGCCGUGCUGGCGCGCGCGUGGCGCCGGCACCGCGCGCGCCGGCCGGCGCCGCUGGCGCGCGCGGCGGCGGGCGUGCUGUGGCGCGCGUGGUGCACGGCGGCGCGGCGGCGCUACCUGGCGGCGCUGUGGCGGCGGCUGCCGGCGCGGCACCUGUCGCCGGCGUGCGCGGGCUGGCCGGCGUGCGCGGCGCCGCGCCUGCUGGCACGCACGGACGCGUUGCUGCGCCGCCUGCACCACGCCUGGCGCUGCCGCCUGUACCGCGCCGCCUUCGACCAGACGGCCCGCAACCGCAUGCGCGAGAAGGUGACGGCCAGCGUGCUGUUCAAGGAGCGCAAGGCCAACUACGGCUGCAGCGUGGCGCACCCGUUCGUGGGCGACUACGUGCGCCUGCGCGCGUCGGCGGCGUGGCGGCGCGGGCUGGGCGCGGCGGGCGACCGGUACGUGGUGUUCGCGGACGUGGUGGGCAAGGUGGCGCGCUCGAGCGGGCGCGUGGCGCGCUGCCUGGCCGUGCUGUCGACGGGCGCGCUGCUGCUGCUGGACGCGCGCUCGCUGCGCCUGAAGCGGCGGGUGCCGGCGCAGUCGGUGUACCGGCUGUCGCUGUCGCCGUACGCGGACGACCUGCUGGUGGUGCACGUGCGCGCGAGCGGGGCCGGCGCGCUCGACAGCUCGGCGGAGGAGCUGUCGCAAUGCUCGUCGCGGGACGUGCCCGACGCGCCGGGCUGUCUGUUUGGGGGCGAGGCGGCGUGGCGCCGGCGCGGCGACGUGGUGGUGCGGACGGUGCACGUGCUGGAGCUGGCCACGAAGCUGUUCCUGGUGGUGCAGAACGCGGUGGGCGCGCCGCCGCACGUCAACAUCGCCACGGAGUUCGAGGCCAACUUCGGUCAGCAGCUGGUGACGCUGUCGUUCCACGCGCUGGGCGAGGGGGGCGGCGCGCGCCUACUGCGCCGGGGCUCGCGCAUGGACGUGCUGGUGUGACGCGCCGGCACGCCCGCGCCCCCGCGCCCCGCGCCCGCGCCCCCGCGCCCCGCGCCCCCGCUCUAUGGGAGGGGGGAGCGCGCGCCCGCGCCGGUUCGUCCCGUCGGCACUGAAGCUCAGUUUUGUUUCGGAGUGUAUCUUCAUUCAACCGCUGACAUCCAGGUUCUCAAAGACUUGUCGAUGCAACAACACACAAGGACGGCUAUUGAAUCUGUUGUUAAGAGUCAUUUGCGAUGUGAACAACUUGUCUCUAACUUAUAAUGACUUCUUUUGUGGGUCUGAAGCACUUAUUACGUCCCAUUAAUAUGGCCAAUUAAUUCAUUAAGAUUGUGCGUGAAUUAAAUGUUAAAUAAAUCUUUUUCUUUGGAUGUAACUAGUUUAAGAAAUUUGAAUUAAUUGACAGAGCUGUCAGACUGUCGAGUUCGUCGAUUACUGCUGGGAUAAUCCGUUUACGUGAUCCGUUUAGUGAGCGCAAGUUGUGUGUUGCUUUGAAGUAGGAUGUCAUUGUGACAGUGCAGCCAGUACGGGGACCCAGGCCGGAUGUUUCGACGUAUUCUGUACUUGCAUACUGGCUCAAGCCAAUGAUGAUAUAUGUAAUAACUAGGACUAGCCAUUAUAUGGUUUACAGAGAUGCGUAUCCUAAUCUGUGUGAAGAAGCCAGCCCCCAGUAUAGUGUAGUCCCAGUAAGGCAGUGUCCUCGCAUGGCGCGGCCCUGGACGCUCCCAGCUGCCUGCGGCCACGGACAUUCUUAGGUAAAUUCCAUGUUACUGUAUAGACGUAUUUCUGAGCACGGACAGGACAACUAAACCCCUUUAUAUAUAUAUUCUCUUAAUGAUACGUAGAACUAUGACACACGCCACUGCUUUAGUCCUGACACCAACUGUAGUCGCGAGUAGUCACGGCGUCGCGUCGUUAAGGUCCAGUGCGCAGCGUUGCUUCAAUAUACUUCUCAUUAGCUUCUGCCCGCGGGUCCGCCCGCAUCUCUUAGGAUAAAUAGCCUGUGUGUUAUUCCAGAGCAUAAUCUUUUCCUAUUUCAAAUCAUUCAUCCCGAUCCCUUCAGCCGCUUUGACGCGAAGGAGUAACAAACAAACAUCUGAUCUUUCGCAUUUAUAGUAGGCUGACGGCACCAUUGCGUAGGUAGGGUGAUGCGCUGCGUCGACAGUCAUCUUGUUUAUAUCUAUCGAUUGCGAAGAAUGAACUGAGACGCAGCUACGCCGUCGAGCGUCGUCACAACCGUGAUGGCCGUACAACGCGUUGUUCCAUUGCGCCGUAAGUGCCGUCACGACGGCGACACCAAAUACUAAUACUAUCAUUUAUCAAGUACCUACACCACAUAUUGUAUUUUUGCGGAAUUGUCACCCUCUAUGAAUGUGGACUCCUGCUUGAUUGUGCCGCACAAAUAAUGUCGGCUUUGUCUUAACUUGUUUUCGGGCAGGAAGCAUGGCAGGCAUGAUCACCUUGCCUGGUCGGAGCAUCGUCCUUUUCUUAGGGAACUUUACUGUCUGUUCUUUAAACAAUAAAAUGUGGGAGAGCCAUGCUUCGGAACGAAUGGGCCGGCUCGACCGGAGUGAUAGAUAGCUGAGCAGAAAACCGACGUGAAACAACGCUUGCGUUGUGUUUCGUCGUGUGAGUAAGGUUACAGGGGCCCAAUUACCUCCCCCCUUCUCUUCCCCAAUACCCCCUGUAUCCUAAGAAUCCUCAAAUUCCUAAUCCCCAAAAGGCCGGUAACGCACUUGUAACGCCUCUGGUGUUCCAGUGUCCAUGGGCGACGCCGAUUGCGUACCAUCAGGUGAUCCGUCAGCUCGUUUACCGGCUUAUGCCAUAAAAAAACUUGAGUGCGGCAGAAAUGUGUCGUAGAAGUGCUGCGAGUUAGUGCCGCGCUCAUGCCGCGCCAUGUUUGGACACACCUGUACGCUCUACUGUCACUACAACAGAGAAGUAACGUCAAGGAAUUAAUUCGUUCGUUAGCUUCCGAGGCGACAGUAGUGGCCACAUACACAGACGAAUAAGUUCAGCCGCAGCACUCGAAGUAGGUGACGGAGGAGUCGAGGCGCUCAGCACAUGCGGUCGCCGCGUCAUGCCAUCGUAUAUCAGUGCCUUAGUCUCCCCCCCCCCCCAAGCUGUCGGCGCGCUGACUGCUGGUGAAUGUUAUUUGUGAUCAUGUCUUAUGAGCUAGCUGCGUACCUGUCUGCGUAGGUACUUAAUCGAGUAUUGGUAGUGUUAAUAUAUAGCCAGGCGUCGCGCGGCGCUUAACAUAAUAAGUAAGCGAACUACUGUAGGUACCUAAUAGUGUGCGAGGGAUGGUGCACUCGAACACUUUGUCCCGAAUUAGGGACUGGCACUAGCUCUAAUAUUUGGAUAUGAUUCAACAGUAUCCCCGAGUUUGGAGUCGUGUGUAUUAAACACGAUGGACUCCCAGGGAAACCGAGGGGGACUUUUGACACUUAUCGGGACGACUGGUACGCUUGUUAAUAUUUUCAAUAGGUAUUUUAAACCUAUACAAUUUGAUAUAGGUCUGGAGUGGAUCUGAUGACGGAGCCGAAAGAUAGUCGAGGGAACUCCUCAACGGUUUAUAGUAACUACCUCGUGUUUUGGCUUAAUUAAUUUAUAUUGAUGAGAACUUUACGCCUAGAUGGAGUGGGACUGUCAUUAGGGGUCUGAUGACAACAAAGUGUAAUUGUUGAGGAACUCCUCAACGUUAUACAGUAACUACCUACCUUGUGUUUGUGUUUGUAUAAUUUGUAAUAUAACUUUUGCACUUAUUUACCCUAAAAAAUAUGAAAUAAAAAAUAAAAACCGUUUAAAUAACAGACUUCAAAAUACCCAUAAGUAGCUAAAAACAAACAAAAAGUAAAAACUAAAAAGAAAAAAUAACUAUUAUUAGUACUGAUAGGUUAGAAGUCACCAAUGUGACCAAGGGUUAUUGGAAUUCAUUUUUAUAUAAAAAUAUAUUAUUUAUCUUAUAUUAUUUAAAUUACUCUGUAGGAAAUUCCAUCUGUUACCAAUGGCAAUAACAUUGCAGAUUGUUUAUUCUUGUUGAAAGUUCUCAAUGGCAAUGUGGAGAGACCAGAACUAUAAUCAAACAUCCACUUAUCCCGUUCCUCAUGUACCUAUCGGCAGAACAGUGACAUUGUACCUGCAAACAGAGGCCUUAGUAUCAGUUUGAUUUACGUUUAAAGUAUUCGAAUGAAGCAGCCGCGCCAAUGAAGCAACCAAUCAGCGCCGAGCGCUCGUUGGAGCUCGUUACGAAUACUUUAAAUGGAAAUCAAACUUGUACUGAUGCCUCAGAUACUAUAACAGUAUUUGUAUCCGAUCGAUCCGUUUACAACUAGUGUGAACUCAGCUAAGAGGUGCUCAAGUCUCAAUUUAUUUAAGCAGCAAUAUUUGUUUUGUUUCUUUCUGUGUUUGUAAUCAUAUUGUCUGCACGGUCUGUGUUUCUGUAUUUCCCUUUUCCAUUAACUCAGAAUAUAUGUAACUUUGUAUAGUAGGUAAUCACACCAUAUUAGUUAAUUCAUUCCAAAUACUAAACGAGGACUAGUAAUUGCCUCGUUGAUAUAGAAAUAACAAUAGGCGUAGGCCUAUUGUUAUAUUCCUCCAAGAUCUAUAGGUAAAUACUUUUCAAAUAUUCCAAGUUAUUCCUCAAAUAAAAUUUAACUAGCGUUGGAAAAAUCGGCCCUUAAUUGAUAUUUCCCUUUUAUUAUAUUGUUUGAACGUCGAACGAUCCUUCGUCUUCGUUAAAGCUGAUUGAAACGUAGAAGUUUUACUUUUGUGCCAUGAUUUAAGUAGUGAAGUGUAAUAUUUUGGUGUAGUCAAAGUCAGCGGCACGUUAGAUAUAGCCAGUGCGCGACAGAGUGCGGCCAGCCCCGCCGCCGUAGGUUAGUGCUGUAGUGCUGGGGCCUAGUGCAUCACGCCAACUUUGUCAUUUUGAAGUACUUUUUAUAACUAAUUAAAUAGAUGUUAUUGGUAUUAAGUAAGUUAAGGUAGAAGGUUUGAGAUUAUUGUACUUGUAAGAGGUCGCUCCGGUCGCGGCCGUAAUGUAAUCGGAUACAGACUGUGUUGUAAUAGAUGACAAAUAUAUCGCUGUUGAAGCUGUUUGUGAAGCACCGACUGGGGCGGGGGGCGGGGACACGCCGCCGCCCGACAGUCGGCGCUGUUGUCCAAACUAUACAUUUUUGUUAAUUUAAUAAAAUGUCAUGUUACGGUUUUCAACAAAACUAAAUUAUGUCAAAGUUUUAUCGUUUUCAAUAAAAGAUCGAAAAAUAAAACAUUUUAUUUCAGUACCUACUGCCUCCUGCCAGCUACUUCACGAAAAGUUGACUCUUGUUUUCUUCCAGAAUCCAAUUUCCAAAACAAAUGUUUGCCUAUUAGUUACAUCCGCGCGGUUUAAUCCACUGCUCGGCUCCUAUUAAUCGUAGCCUGAUGUUUUGUACCGUAUAUAUAAACCUUUCUCGAUAACUGAAGUACCAAGUCGAGCGCGAGUAGUUACCCAGCCACCGCGCCAACCAUGCAGUCGAAGAUCUGGAGUACCUGCCUGGUGGCCCUGAUCAGAAACCACAAGAGCCCAACCAAACUAUAUAUAGAGAUUACCAUGUACUGCCUUUACAUGUCAAAAAUCAAAGGUCUAAAGAAUCUGAUGAAGAACCAUCAGCAGGUCACAGCUGUAUUAGAGAUAUGGUAGUGCCCCCUUCUACUAUUGGUACAUAAAAAUCGACUGUAAUUGCCAAAUAUUCCCAGAAUAAGAUGCGCAAGUGUCUAUACAAAGAAAUGAAAUCCAACCAAAAACAUCAUCUGUAAAAAACUAGCCAAGUCUCGAUGGAGCCGCUCGUUCAUGUCUAAAAUGUAAUAAAAUCUAGCCAAAGUUUGAGGAUCCUUGUAGCUAUUUCUUUAUUAGAUAUUAUAGUUAAUGUUGUGUGACUUUGCUCCUCCUGAACUCCUGUAAGCCAGGAUCUACAGAAGAUACAACCAUGAAAACACCGGAAUAUUGAAGUCGCCCGCGUCCCAGGGACAUGAGUAACUGUCUUGGUUCCCGCAACGAAGUGAAUCAGAAGAUAUUAUAAGAGGAGAAGAAGAAAACACUUUAGGGAACAGAGUGUAUAGUUCCCUAAGAUCGGAAAAGGAGGAUCCUCCGACCAGGCGAGGUGAUCGUGCCUGGCGGGCUUUCUGCCCAACAGUUGUUCGUUGGGAUUUUCUAUCCGUGUUUAUUCGCUUGUAAACUUUUGCAUGUGCGAUGUAGGAUUCUUGUGACGUCAUCCGUUGACAUGUGGCACGCGUCGCCACAUCACUCCCUCCCAAGACCGGAGGUCGAUCCCGCUGAGACGGCUGUCGAUGCUUGAGAUGAGUGGCGCCAGAGCCAGUGUAGAACGUCCCUAGUUCCAGUGGGUCGGAACCGUGCCGCUGAGUGCCCAGUGAGUCGGGUCAGCGGUGCAGGGUGAAACUCCAGUGAGUCGGAGAGAUGCGUUCGCAGUGUCCCACGGUGAGUCGGGGAAGAGAUGCUGCGAGGGUAGGUGCGUAGUGGCCGGCAUCUGCGUUGACGGGAGGAGAUGUCCUUCAGAACCGUGUGCAGAAGUGCUGUGCCUAGACGCUGGUGAGGCCGUAGGGAAGAACCAGGCUGCACAACUUCGUUGCAGGUGAUGGUGGUCCCUGAUGAGGCCGAGGAUGCUGGUUGGCUGCGACUUGAUUACCGCUCAGCGGAGAAGUGAUGAAUGAGAGGGAUGGCGAUACGGAUGACGGUGCUAAUCUGCUCCGUGAAGUGAAGGUUGUUUCCAAUCACGUCGGGGUCACCACUUUAGGGAACAGAGUGUAUAGUUCCCUAAGAUCGGAAAAGGAGGAUCCUCCGACCAGGCGAGGUGAUCGUGCCUGGCGGGCUUUCUGCCCAACAGUUGUUCGUUGGGAUUUUCUAUCCGUGUUUAUUCGCUUGUAAACUUUUGCAUGUGCGAUGUAGGAUUCUUGUGACGUCAUCCGUUGACAUGUGGCACGCGUCGCCACAACACUAUAGUUUCCACUUCCCUCGGUGAAUUACUGCAGGGGACAGAAUUGUUUUUUGUUAUUGUUUACAUCUAAUUACUUUGUAGAGAUGAACGGGCGGCUCCAUCGACACUGCUAGUUUUUAGACUGAUUUUGGUUGGAUAGGUAUCAGUAGUUCCGAAGAUAACUAUUUUUUUUGUUCAAUGUUUAUUAGACUUUGAGUGCAUAAACUGGGUGUGUGCUUGUUAGGGCUGACUUUUCAAUUGACAAAAUCUUAGGGCUUUGACUGCCAACAGAAAUCUGGUGAAGGCAAAUCCUCCGCUAACGUCGGUCACCAGUGCCCCCCAUGGC